AGGAUGAAAUAAAAUUGGACUCUAUCGUGAAGCCAUCGCUGAUCGAGUCACUUCAUCUCAUUCACACUUCACCGCUUUGACCAUUGGAAACGAACUUGGAUUUCUCAUACGCUCUUACUCGUAUAUAGCUGUGGUAAAGCCCCAGUUUAUUGAGUCGCGAACCCAUAUUCGUUCGCCUUUUCACGUUCCAAGAGCAAAUUCUAAGCGAAUAUGGCAGCGUCAUUUAUUCAAGAGAUCCUCCCUCCCUCUCUGGACUCAUCAUCCCAGCCACCCAACCUCUUCGAUGGAACCACCAGGUUGUACACCAAUUAUCAGUGCCCAUAUGCCCAGCGGGUUUGGAUUACUCGGAAUUACAAGGGUCUACAAAAUGAGAUAAAAUUGGUUCCAAUUGACCUUCAGAAUAGGCCUGCUUGGUACAAGGAGAAAGUGUACCCUGAGAACAAGGUGCCUUGUUUGGAGCACAAAAACAAAAUUAUUGGAGAAAGUCUUGACCUGGUCAAGUACAUAGACAGUAACUUUGAAGGUCCAUCUCUUUUACCAAGUGAUCCUGAGAAACAGAAGUUUGCCGAGGAGUUGAUAGCGUACAGUGACACAUUCAACAAACAAGUGUUUGGUUCAUUCAAGGGAAACCCAGAGAAAGAUGCAGCUGGUGCCCUUGACCUUAUAGAAAAAGCACUUGGCAAAUAUGAUGGGCCUUUCUUCCUUGGAGAGAUUAGUCAGGUUGACAUUGUUUAUGCUCCAUUCUUUGAAAGGUUCCGCCCCUUCAUACUGGAAGUGUUUAAGUAUGACAUUGCAAACGGCAGGCCUAAUAUAGCAGCAUGGAUUGAGGAGUUGGAGAAGCUUGAUGUUUACAAAGUGACGAAAUGUGACAUCCCAAAAAUGAUUGAAUUUUUCAAGGCUCGCUUUCAGGUUCAAGCGUAAAAUGGAGAUCGAUUUCAUCCAUCUUUCAAGUGAUAAGAUAGUAUUUUCAUCAACAAGUGAUGCUGUUUAGAAGUUGCUAUAGAUCUUAAACAUAUAAUGCAAUUUGCAAUGCGUGAUAAAAAAUACCAUCCUUAUAGUUGGCCUUUUAUACUACGUACGGAGUAUAUAAUAAAAAACCCUAUCUUUAUAUAGCUCACUCCAAUAAAAUUCUGGCUCUAAACUUUGAUGUAUGUUCGGCUAUUGUAUACUCUGUAAUAUUUAUAAUAUAUGGAGUUGACUUGUUUGUCAAUGUUCCCAUUGUGUCAUGGGAUAUUUUAGAAUCUCUUACUUUUGAACUGAAAUUUACUUUACGAAGUUAGUUUGGAGGUUUACUUUUGAACAUAUGUUUUUCUUAAAUAGUGUAAUAUAUUGGUCC